GCUGGGCGAGGGGGCAAGAAGUGGGAGAAGUUUAGGAAGGUAAAUUCAGCUUCCGAGGUCGCUACGGGUUCAGGAGAGCGUCAGCUCACAGGUCUCGGCUUUCCUGGGAAGAGACAAGAAGUGAAUGAAGACAGUUGUUCCAGGACCUAGAUUAUCACUUCUUGGGACACCCUUUAUUGGUGACUGAGAUUUCUAACUAGGAAUUUAGAACAUAUCCAAAAGAGGCAAAGACAGAGUAUCCCAUUUGCUGGCCAUUUCCUACAACAGAAGAAAAUGAUCGAUGUCCAGGAAUUGCUGACAUUGGAGGAUGUGGCUGUGGAGUUCACCUGUGAGGAAUGGCAGCUCCUGGGCCCUGCUCAGAAGGACCUCUACCGGGACGUGAUGUUGGAGAACUAUGGCAACCUGGUGUCACUGGGUUAUCAAGCCAUCAAACCGUAUGCACUCUCCAAAUUGGAACAAGGAGAAGAACCAUGGACAAUAGAAGAUGAAAUGCAUAGUCGAAUCUGUCCAGAAAACCACACAGUUGAUCAUCUACAGAGUCACUUGGAAAAUCAAAGAAUUCUGAAGAGUAUGGAACAAUACUAUGAACAUAAUGCAUUUGGAAAUACUGUUACUCAAAGAAAAAGUCAUUUUCCUUUCAGGAAAAAUCAUGAUAUGUUUGAAUUAUGUAUAAAAACUUUGAAAUCAAAUAUAAGUUUAGUCAGCCGGAAGAAAAUCUAUGAAAUGGAGAACUCCACUAAAUAUAAUGGAAAUGGGAAGUCAUUUCUGCAUAGUAAAUCUGAAGAAUUUCAUUCUGCUGUUAAAUUCCCUGUAAGUGCAAAACCCAGUAGCAAUAAGCCCCAAGUCAUUAAUCAUCAAAGAACUCACGAAACAGAGAAAACCCAUGUAUGCAGUGAAUGUGGGAAAGCUUUUGUCAAGAAGUCUCAGCUCACAGAUCAUGAGAGAGUUCAUACAGGAGAGAAACCUUAUGGAUGUAGUAUGUGUUCAAAAAUAUUCUCCAGAAAGUCCAGGCUCAAUGAACAUCAGAGAAUUCAUAAAAGAGAGAAGUCCUUUUUAUGUAGUGAAUGUGGAAAAGUCUUCACCAUGAAGAGCCGUCUGAUCGAACAUCAGCGAACUCAUACUGGAGAGAAACCUUAUGUGUGCAGUGAAUGUGGAAAAGGCUUCCCAGGCAAGCGUAAUCUCAUUGUACAUCAGCGAAAUCAUACUGGAGAGAAAUCCUAUGUAUGUAAUGAAUGUGGAAAAGGCUUCACUGGGAAGAGCAUGCUUAUCAUACAUCAGCGAACUCAUACCGGCGAGAAGCCCUUCAUCUGCAGUGAAUGUGGAAAAGGCUUCACCACGAAGCACUAUGUCAUCAUACAUCAAAGAAAUCAUACAGGAGAGAAACCAUAUAUAUGCAAUGAAUGUGGGAAAGGUUUCACCAUGAAGAGCCGUCUGAUCGAACAUCAGCGAACUCAUACGGGAGAGAAACCCUAUGUAUGCAAUGAAUGUGGAAAAGGCUUUCCCAGGAAGAGUAAUCUCAUUGUACAUCAGAGAAAUCAUGCAUUAGAGAAAACACAUUUAUGUAGUGAAUGUGGGAAAGGUUUCACCGUGAAGAGCAUGCUAAUCAUACAUCAGCGAACUCACACUGGAGAGAAACCCUACAUAUGCAGUGAAUGUGGAAAAGGUUUCCCCUUGAAGAGUCGGCUGAUUGUACAUCAGCGAACUCAUACUGGAGAGAAACCCUACAGAUGUAGCGAUUGUGGGAAAGGUUUUAUUGUGAACAGUGGAUUGAUGUUACAUCAGCGAACUCAUACUGGAGAGAAACCUUAUAUAUGUAAUGAAUGUGGAAAAGGUUUUUCCUUUAAGAGCAAUCUUGUUGUACAUCAGCGAACUCAUACUGGAGAGAAACCCUUUAUGUGCAGUGAAUGUGGAAAAGGCUUCACCAUGAAACGCUAUCUCAUUGUACAUCAGCAAAUUCAUACAGGAGAAAAACCCUAUAUAUGCAGUGAAUGUGGAAAAGACUUUGCCAUGGAAACUGAGCUCAUUUUACAUAAGCAAAUUCAUACUGGAGAGAAACCUUACGCUUGCAAUGAAUGUGGUAAAGGCUUCACUGUCAGAAGCCGUCUAAUUGUUCAUCAACGAACUCAUACAGGAGAGAGACCCUUUAUAUGUAGUGAAUGUGGAAAAGGCUUCUCUUCAAAGAGAAAUCUCAUUGUACAUCAGCAUACACAUAAUGGAAACAAACCCCCCAACAAAGCAAUGAAUGUGGUCAUGCCUUAGAAAGAAAAUGUGUCUUGUACAGCAUCAGAGACUUCACACAAUAUAGGCUUCCUUUAUGUGUACUGAGUGUGGAAAAUACUAUUUGCACACUAUCAGCUUCAUUAUCCAUGGGGGAAUUUACAGAGGAGACAAAUCAUAUGAAUGGAGUCAAUGUGGCAAAGCCUUCAGUAUGAAUUCUGGCUUUGAAUUCUUUGAUGUACACACAUCAAAGAACUCAUGAGAGAGAGAGACUGUGGAUUCAGUGAUUCAUCAAGCUUUGUUAAAAUAGGACAGUGAACACA